AUGUGCAAUAAUUUUGGAUUCAGUGUGAUGUUAAGCGCUGCUCAGGACAUACUUAAUCGACAUGAGCGGUCACCCUUUGAGCAGAAUGUGACCGAUUUCUGUGUGCCGGCGAUCACUUCACGUAUCUGCUCACCGACGUCUGCUGGCGUCGUGCUGCUGUGCAACAUCCUCCCAGCACUUCUCGUGAAACUCAUGUGUCCAUUCGUCAUGCAUCGGAUUCCUUAUGGAAUUCGACAUUUCGUUAUCUGCUCCCUGCAGGUGGCGUCUCUAUUGGUGACAGCAUUCGCUGAAUCCGUCCCAGCUGCUCUCAUCGGCGUCUGCGUGGCGUCAGUAGCAGGAGGGUUCGGCGAAACCACGUAUCUCGGACUAGCUGGUCACUACUCGAAGCACACGAUAGCCACUUGGUCAUCUGGCACGGGUAUGGCAGGUCUAGCCGGCGCGUUCUCCUACGCAGGUAUGACCGAUGCUCGUCUGUUGGCACUCACAUCCACUCAGGCAAUGCUUGUCAUGCUUGUCGUGCCGGCCGUGUUUGCAUUUCACAUACUACGUCGUUCUCGUACGGGCGCCUUCUGUCCGAAAAAUCAGUGUUGUUCGGCCGAGCGAGUGGUUUAUGAGCAGAUCAAGGCUCCACCGAGUGCCACAGAUGUCGCCAGUGUGCAAUCCAAUGCUCAGCCCGGCCUAGUGGAACAAUUGAAAGUGGUCAAGAGCUUGCUCAAGUAUAUGGUGCCAAUGUUUCUCGUCUACGUUGCCGAAUAUCUCAUUAAUCAGGGAUUACUUGAGCUUACCGUAUUCGAUUGUGCUCAUGGUUACGGUACCAGUCCUGCAAGCCAGUAUCGAUGGUAUCAGGUGAUGUAUCAAACGGGUGCGUUCAUAUCGCGUUCAUCGCUGAAACUCGUUCAGUUCAACAUGUCCUUUAUAGCAUUGAUGCCUUUGCUCCAAUUACUAAACACGAUUUUCUUGACGUUCAACGCAAUCUACGCAUUUGUUCCACAUUUCGGAAUGGUGUGCGCCAUUAUACUUUAUGAAGGUCUGAUAGGAGGAGGAUCUUAUGUGAACACAUUUCAUCACAUUCAUAGAAAGAUUGACCCCUCCAUACGUGAAUUUGCCUUGUCCACCGUAUCCCUGGCGGACACUCUCGGCAUUCUGGUGGCAGCGCUCACUGCCAUUCCACUACACAACGCCAUCUGCGCAAUGCAAUGGUACGGAUAG